AUGAAUCUAUCAAUGCCAUUAUCAAUGAUACUGGUUUGGACCAAGAAGCGGCUAAGCUUAACCACCUCAGAACGACUUUUACUGCGUUGCGAACAGAAUUCAUUGAAAGUGGUGUUCCUGAGGAAAUUGUCGAAGCUUUAA